AUGGAUCCUUCCAAUUGUCACCGUUCGAGCUACAAGUGCUACCCGUAUCUUACCAAGGCGGAGUUUUCUGAAGUAUGCCACUAUCUGGACAGGAGAUAUCGUCGUGCUACACUAGGACCCUUGCGCAAAGAAUGGCGUCUUCAUGUUCACACGGCGUUGGAGUUGUCCUUUGAGCCUGGUUCAGGGCGUACUACCUUUCUACAAGUCACACGACCUCUGGACAACAGAACGGCUGCUGACGAUGAGCUCGCCGCUAAGAUGGGUGGCGUCUCAUUGGGCGAGGAUCAAGAUAUGCAACUGGAUGCCGACGAAAUGAUGGUCAAGAUGGAAGAUUCGGACAAGGAAGUCGUUUCUAAACGACCAUCCCGGGCACACUUCCAAGCAGGUCACGUCAUUUAUGAGAUUCAUUUCCACCCGACUUAUAGCUCACCCUGUCUCUGGUUCACUCUACAUGGUCUGCCAGCUGGGGAAUCACCGCUCAAUAUCGAAACGGUCUUCCGUCACUUGGUCCCUGAACAGUUCAAAGAUUCUCUCCGAACAGUUGGUCCUAUAGGCGCCAUCUCAAUCGACCACCACCCUAUUACCGGACUCCCUUCGUUCUUCGUUCACCCAUGUGCCAUCGGAGACGCCAUGGCUGGGUUUGACUGCGCAAAGCAAGACUAUCUCAUGGUAUGGCUUGGUCUGGUGGGAGGGUGUGUUGGACUUUGGGUCCCUCAACAGAUGGCUGCUGUCAAUGCUGGCUAA